CCAGGUAUUCAUCAUGCUGUCACAGAGGAUCAGCUUGAAUAAUGACACAUCACCGCAGCAAUGGCGGUGCCGCAAGAUGUCGACCUACACAGAUCGCUCGCUGAAUUGGUCUCAUUUACUCAUGUAAUAAAAAUGAACUUGUCAUCUGUUGUAUAAUUGCUUUAUAUAAGUUAUUGAUCACUACUGUUUGUCAAUCACACUUAUCAUGUGGAUGUAAUCAAGGUAAUCAUGGUAGAGGUGUGCAGCUUUGCACGCACAUCAGGGAAUGUAUAAGGAGCAGAGCAGGGCUCAGGGGGGUUAGAGCUGCUUGAAGGAUUCUACCUGACGAGGUUCAUGGAUUACGUUUUCUAACUGGGGUGUUCAGCUCUCCACCCAUAAGCAACGAGGACUCCGAUCUCCCAUAAAGUCAUUGAGAAGAGAAGAAGGGACCGCAUUAAUCGCUGCCUAAACGAGCUCGGAAAAACCGUCCCAAUGGCGCUGGCUAAACAGAACUCUGGGAAACUGGAAAAAGCUGAGAUCUUGGAGAUGACCGUUCAGUACCUGAGAGCGCUCCACUCCGCAGAUUUUCCUCGUGGAAGAGAAAAGGGCGAGCUUCUGGCUGAAUUCGCAAACUACUUCCACUACGGAUACCACGAGUGCAUGAAGAACUUGGUGCACUACCUGACCACAGAGGACCGAGCCGAAACCAAAGACUUCAAGUACGCAAGGAUCCUCGCCUUCCUGCAGUCAAAGUCCCGCGUGGCCACCGAGCCUCUGUUCGGCUCCAUCAGCGCGAUGCAGGAACCGUCAGACUACCUGAGUCAGCUGCACUCCUCCCCGGAGCACCAGAACCACAGCCCCUCGGACUCCGUGUUCCAGCAAAGCCCUUCGGGACACUUCACGUGGCACAGCUCGGCGCGCAGCCCGGCCAUCUCGUACCAAACGGUGCCGCUCUCAGCGCACAGCACGCAGCAGCACGGUGGAUACUUGUCACCGGUGCAAGGACUCGAUCACCACUAUUUCAACUUCCUAGGUCACGCGCACGCAAACACGUUCGGGCUGCACAGCGCGCAGCACGCCAUGUAGAUGUUCUGUCUAGUUUUUAUUUAUCUCUCAUGUACAUUUUGUGAAUAAAUACAUUAUUUCUUACUUAAA